CGGCUCGUCAUUGGGCAUCAAAUACCGGCCCUCCAUGUACUUGUGAUACCGCCGCGUGUUCUCAAAGACGUAGUCGCGCACGCUGUUGGACAGCGACGUCGAGGCCGAGUGGUUGCCGAUGCUGCUGCCGUCGAACCCCUCAUCCCAGACCUCCCCGCUUCUCCUCCUGCUAUGGCGUCCGUCAUGGUCGUGCGAUGCUGGCUCAAACCAGACCUGAGUGGAAGAAAGGUUACAGCGGCCUAUUGUUCCCCUUUUCCCUUCCCGCGGUUCCUGCUCGACUCUAUCACCAAGGCGAGCGGUUGAUGCCGCUGUCCCCGUUCGACGUCGUCGGGGUGUUCUCAGGCGAGGGCUCGUGUGUCUGGCCAGGAUGCGUCGUCCAAAUUGUCGUGGACGUCGAGUUGAAUUGGAGAUUGGCAAACGUAAGAAUGCGACGGAGAGGGGGGGGCGCUGGGGUCUUUGACCAGGUCCAGGAACACAAGUUUCUCCUGUCAGAAACCUUAAACGGUUUCUUGGGAGCGGCGCCGUGUAUCGUACGAGAAAGGGAGAAGAAAGAGACUCUAGGUAAGCGUGGACUGAGCCAGUCUGGCAUGGGCGAAAUCGACAGUCUGACGAAGGGGAAAGAAGAAAGCGGAAGACAGAGAAACUCCACAACAAAAGCCGUUGAGACCGGAGUUUCGGGAUUCGUUUCUUUCUUUUUUCUUAUUGUCCUCUCCUACGGCUACGGACCUUUUGUUGCUGUCUGUCAGCGGCACAUCAGCGGCAUCAACAGCAGCAGCUCGACGAAAAGAAAACGUCUGGUGUGUAUGUGCGCGCGUUGCAAAGUGGCAUGUCGGCUCAGUCGACCUCGAUGCCCCUGCGCCAUCCUUUUCGCUCAACAGACCUAUCAAGCUCCGUCUUGAACAACUUUAGCCGGUUUUGGUAGGAGACCGGCGCCACGGUCUAGAAAUGCUAGCACUGGGACGGAUUCCUUUUCUCAGAC